AUUAAAAUCAACUUUCGAUCGACGGAAGUGAUACGACCGGUGCUACAGUACCUGUACGCGUCUCAAGCGGAUCCAUUUGCACCUGUUCUACAGUAUCCGGUCAUACUUCAUGCUAAUGUUUUUCGAUCAGCGAGAAGCGCAGAGAAUGUCGUUGAUCCGUCGUCCUUCGUCGAUCGAGCCCGUCGCCUCUUCCCAGAUGCGACACUUUCGUUGGGUUGGACGAAACAAUCCAACUAUAAAUCCUGUGAUCGAAGUAUUAAACGGCUAACAUGGAGACAACUAUUUCAAAUUCUCGAGUAUAUCGCCCGUCUCGACCAGCCCGUUAUGCUAUCUGUUCGGCUAUCUGUGGCUUCCAACUCCAAGGAUCAACUGUUGUGGCUACUUGGGAUGGACAAAGCUGUGUCUCUCCUUAUCUGGAGUGACGAAGACGACACGGACAUUGAUUGGGCGUCUGUCGUGGAAAUUCGUCGAUUGGCCACGAAAAAUCGAGUACUGUACGAUUUGUUGCCACGUCACCGAGAAAUCAUUCAGCGGAUACCCAUCCAGCCACUGAUAGUG